AUGGGUAGGCCAAGAAAAGAGAUUAGUGACGAGAAGAUCAUCAAUUUUCAAAGAGAACUGGAAUUAGCAGGUGACAGAACAGAUGUCCUCUUACAGGAUAAGAAAGGUAGAUCAAAAUCUUGUUUGCUUUGUAGAAGAAGGAAACAACGUUGUGAUCAUAAAUUACCAAGUUGUACAGCCUGUCUGAAAGCUGGUGUCAAAUGUGUACAACCUGCAAGAUAUUCGACUGCUUCAAAUAAUGUCACUCAAAAAUUAUCAGCUACUCUAGAGAUAUCAACCGAUACCACUACUCCAAUAGCAGCUAAUACCAUUACAAAAACAACACCCACCAACACCACUAUCACUACUGCUACUACUACCACUACUACAUCACAUGUAUCAAAACCAAAUAAGAAAGUCGUUUUAUCACCAACUUCAAAUAUAUCUAAAGACGAAUAUACCAUAUUAUUAGAGAAAAAAUUAAAAUAUUUAGAAAAAUUAAUCGAUUUAAAUCCAGAAACUCAAACUUUCCAUAAAAAAUUAUCUCAAUAUAAGAAAAUUACUCAUUUAUUAGGUGAUCUCAAUCCAAAUGAUUUAGAAUCAAUACUUUCGUAUCGAAAUAAUACUCCUCCACCACCACAACCGUCAUCACAACAACAACAGCAGCAGCAGCAGCAUCAACAGAAUACAAAGAUUUUACCGCCAAUUAAUCGCUAUUCAACUAUACCAGCUCUAUCUAAGGAUUCUUUAGAUUCAAUUGAUUUCUCAAAAUGCAUUUUUUCAAAAUAUAAUUUAAAUGAAUUUUUAAACUAUGAUCCUGCUUUUGAAUUCGAUGAAAAUUUAUCAAGAUUAUUUCUUGACACUUUUUUCACUAGAUUACAAUUUAAAUAUCCACUAUUAGAUGAAAAUGAAAUUUACACUUUCCAUGAAAAUUAUAUUAAUAAUAAUAUUUAUGCUUAUUCAGAAAUUGACUUCCAUUUUUCAUGUGGUAGAAUGUGGUUAGUUUAUUCAAUUGCUGCAUGCUUACAUAUGACUACAGGGAAAUAUAAAGGUCAACCACCAGUACGUUACUUUUCUACUGCCAUAAGACAUAUUACAAGAUGUACUUCACAUUUAAAUUACGUUCAACAAAUUGAAUUACUUUGUCUGUUAAUAUUGUAUUUAUUAAGAACGGAUAGAGAUUCAAUGAUGUUAUAUGAUAUUAUUAAAGAUGUUGUUUCCAUUGCUAAGAAUAAUUUACAAUUAAAUAAAUGGCGUAAUGAUGAUCCUUUUGCAAAUAAGAAAUUAAGAUUAUUUUGGUGUGUCUAUCUAUUAGAAAGAAUGAUUUGUGUCGCCGUCGGUAAAAAAUAUACAAUAUUAGAAUCUGAAAUUAAUUUACCUUAUUUUAGUGAAAAUUCAUUUAAUACUAAGAAUUCUAAAAUAAAUCGUGGUAUUCAUUUUAUAAAUCAAUCUUUAAAAUUAAGAAGAAUUGAAUCACAAUUUGUGGAAAUUUUAAAUAUUUUACCACAAAAAUAUAAUAAUUCUUCAAUUGAUAAAUCCAAAUUAAUUUCACAAUUACCAUUAGUUAAGAAAUUUUUCCACGAUUUAGAAGUUUGGAGAUCAAAUUGUAAUUUAACUUUUGUUAAAAAUUUCGAAAAUGAAACGUUGAAAUUGUAUUAUUAUCGUUCUGUAAGACUUUUAAUUCAACCAUUCUUAGAAGUAUUACCUCCUGAUGAUAGAUUAUUUAGAGAAUGUCAAGCUGCUGCUGGACAAACUUGUCAAUUAUACAAAAUAUUCCAUCAAAGAACAAUCACGGGUCAUUCCACACCAGCUGUCCAUACUGUAUUUGUUGCAGGUGUCACUUUAAUUUAUUGUAUGUGGCUAGCAAGAAAUUUUGAUGAUGAAAAACGUAAAAAAUUAGGUGAUGUAUCUAAAAAUACAAGACCAAUUGUAACAGCAAGUUUAUUUUCAACAAUGGAUGAUUUAAGAGCUUGUUCAGUUUGUCUAUAUGUAAUGACUGAAAGAUCAAAUUUUGCAAGAAUUUUCAGAGAUACUUUUGAUCAAUUGAUGAAUGCAACAAUAGGUAAUUUAAUUGAAAGAUGUGGACCAAAUUCAUCUGAAUUAAUUUAUAUGAAGAAAAAGAAAAAUGGCUCAAUGUCAAAGGAUGAUAUUGAUGACAAUUCAAGUGUUGGUACAAAUAAAGAUAAUUUAUCAAUGUAUUCAAAUAAUUCAAAUGGUGAUGGUAUGCCACCAGCGGUAAAGAGAACAUUUGGUAAAAACCAAGCUCAAGAACAUGCUGGUUUUGUUGAAAAUUCACAAGUAGAUUUAGCUGAUCAAGAAGAAUUCAAGAAGAGACAAGGUGUUCUUGAAAAAUCAACCGUUCCAAAAAGUUUAUCACAUUUGUUAACUAAUGAUGACGAUACAGAUUCAAGAUCUCAUAGUAAUUAUUACGAUAAUAAUAAUAAUAAUAAUAAUAAUAAUAAUAAUAAUACUAGUACCUCUAAUUUAUUAAACGAUAAUGAGUCUAAAUCAAGUGAUGAUUCCAAAAAUGAAAAUAUUUAUAUCGUUAAAAAGCCAAUAAAUUUGAAUGAUUUUGACUGGAAAACUUUCGAACACCAAGCUUUCUUACAACAGCAUUUUGCACAACAAAAUUUACAAGCAUACUUGACUUCAUUGAAUUUAGCUGAACAUAAUAAUAGUAAUAAUAGCAACAAUAAUGCUAGCAACGUUGUUAAGAAUGAAUUGCCAAUUAAUUUAAUUAAUCUACAAUUCCCUCCAAGCGUCGAGCCUAUGCCAUUUACAUUACGUCAGGUUCCUAUCCAACAGAAUAUGACUCCAACUCCACCAAUUUCAUUGAAUGAAACUGCAUCAUUAUCAAGUGAAACAAGACAUAGACCAACAAAUGCUAGUGGAAUUUUGUUCUAUAAUGGUACUCAUGAUAUGAUCAAUAACAUUUCGACAUGGACAAAUGAUGCUGUAAAAGAUGAAAUAACUGAAAACGGUAACGAACAAGGAAAUUCGGGUGGCCAUAGUAGUACCAUCUCAAGUAACAUGCAUAAUACCUCUACCGCUACUACUACUACUAGUAGUACUAGUAAUAAUAACAAUAACAAUAAUAAUAAUAAUAAUAUUAAUUCUGCUACUGAUAAUAAUUUAUCAGCUUCUUCGUCAGCCAAUUUGCUAAAUGUUAAAAGUAAACCCGGCGAAGAAUUCUGGACUGUUAAUGACGAUUAUGGGUUCUUCACUUAA